GAAGCAACAGCAGCAGCUAACACGAAGAGCAAAGAAUCGGUUGAGAGAUUGGAGUUUGAGCGCGGAUCAACAUCUAGCAAGCUAGGAAAACCAGUGCAAAAUCGAAACAAAAGUAGACGAAGUAAUCACAAGUAAUUUGUUAGUAAUUACACUACCAAAGCAAGCCACAACAACAGCAACAAACAACAAUCAUGGCAACGAAAACUGUUAUAAACACAAAUGCGCCAACAACGCGCGGCAUCUCCAUACUAAUUGACCAGAAUCCACAAGCAACAACAACAACAAUACAACAAAAACCACAACAACAACAAACACUCGUAGUCAGUAGUAAUUGUCAACAAGAGGUAUUGAGACCAGCAGCACAAAUGACCGAAACGGCCAAGAUCACCAUCUAUCAAAAUACAACAACAACGAAAACACAAAUGGCACCAACACCAUCGACGGCGAUAACUAGAACAGUGCUCACUAAGCUGCAGCCGCAACCGAGCAAAUUGGUGGCGACAACAACAACAACACGUAUUGGUGUUAACGGUAUAGAUAAUAAUUACACCGCAAAUAAUGAUCAUGGUCAUGAUGUUGAUCAAAGCAAUGAUGAUGAUGUCUUUUCCAAAGCUAAUAAUGCUGAGCAAGCUUCGAUGAGCGAUGAACAGCGCCGUUCGUAUCGCAUAAAGAGUGGUGAGUACGAGAGUGACCAGAAAACUAGUUACACCACAAUUAAGCGGAAAUUAACAACAUCCACGGCGGUGCCAACUUUUCCACACUUGCUGUUGAAAGUGGUGAGUGAAAGAGGAAAAGCCAAUAAUGGACAAACAGAUGGUGUUGUUGUGAGCCGCAACGAAGACGUGCACGAAAAGACGAAUGGAAACGACAACGACGACGGCAGUGGUUUAGUUAACGGUGUUGGAAGUGAUGUUGGAAAAUCGCAAGUAAAUAGAAAUGUGGCGGCCGCAGGUGGUCAAAAUGAGCAGCCGAACAACAACAAUAACAACUAUGCAUCGGCUAUACCCAUGAGGCCCACAAAGCAGACAAAUGUUAAUGAAAAACAACAACAGCAAACACCAAAGCACGGCAUGAUGAUCAUACAGUGCAAUGGCGCUGAGCAACAUAACAGCAACAACAACUACAAAAACAUAGCGCAUAAUAAUGUUGAUGCACAUGAUCAGCAUAACGAUAAUGAUGAGCACAAGGCUAAUGACGUUCAACAAGCUGAUCAGCAAGUUGAUCAAGUUGGUACACUUGUUGCGGCAGCUGCCGCUGCGACUGCGCCGUCUAAUGUAUAUCGCGGCGACGAAAGUUGUGUGACUAGUGCUAUUGGAAAUGGUCAAAACGCGUUUGAACAUUAUAUUUGUACGAAUGCGAUAAACGAUGUUAGCGAACACGAUCGCCAUGAGGCUGGCCAUAGUCUCUGCACUGCAGAUGUCCAAGAGCAGCUGGAAAGUGCAGACGUGAACGCGAAUUCGAAUGCGAACGGUGUGAAUAGUCUACUAACGGUAACGAAAACAGAUUGUGGAAGUGCACUGACCGAAACAGACGCAGCCAAACGUAGGCGCAGUGUUCCAAACGGAAUAAUAACAAAUCCGAAAGAAUUGAAUGCGAAUAAGCAAAUAGAAUCGAAAUUACAUGUGUUAAAGAUACAAAUUAAACCGAACGAAGUGCACGAAAAGUAUGACAAACAAGUGACAGUGGUGACCCUAAACGAGGCACAAGUGCAAGACACCACCCAACAAUCAGUAAAGACAAUUGAUCAAAUUAAAGAAUUAACACAACAAAGUGCGCCAGUGCAAAUUGUAGACGCAACACAAGUGGUUGAACAGCAGAAAAGUGUGCGCUCACAAGCGUCGGGUGAAAGUGCGAACGAACUACAGCAUACAAGAAAAGACCACCACAGUGUUGAUAAAAACAUACAGAAGAAAAUGGUGCAAAAGCCAAUAGCUACAACGCCUACGGCGUCCACUUUGACAACGACAACGAUUCUCAAUGCGGGCGCGGUAACCGUGUCGUCGGGCGGUAAUGCCUCAACAAACUUGUUAGGCGCGGCGAUUACCAUCGCAAAUGGUAACGACACGAACAACAGUAACGGUAAUGCCACUAUGAAUGGUAACGGUCACGCGCACAACACGAACGCUACAACGAACACCAGCGUCACCGAAUUAAAUGUCACACAUCCUUCGUAUCACUACUACGUAAUGUCCAGUGGUCAAUUCUCACCUUGCGACACACUAGACAGCGGUACUGGCAGCGAUCUGGAGAGCAAUGGUAAUGUAACACCCGGUGCAGCAGCAAGCACACAGAACAAGUUACUCGGCACACUCGAGAAACUCAAUGCGGUCAACGCACAGAAUGUUGCGAACGGUUGCGCACCCAAAAUGGAAUUGCAUAUGAAAGCGACUAAAAUACGUCUAAGCGGCAGCACCAAGAAGUCAGCGCUGGACAUUGGUGCAAACGGCGUUGCGCAGUCGCAUGGCGAACAUGCACGCGCUGGCAGUUUCACCGAUAGCGAGGAGAGCGAAACGUCCUCGCUGAGCUGCGAUUCACUGCACUCCACCGAAUUCAUACGCCAGUCAUCGGUUUCGCCAACAGCGCACAAAACCACGGGUUUGGCCUGCGUCAAAAUGUUGGGUUCUCUACUGCCCGAUUCCUUGUUGCGCGAUAUACGCGAUCGCAAGUUCCCUACCAAUGAUUUUGAGGCGAAAUACGGCGAUGCUGGUAGUGCUGCCAGCGCUGAUGGUAGCAGUGAUGCGGAUGGUGAGGUGGAGGUUAUCACAACUGCCUUGCCGGUGGUUGCCAUUGACGAGCAGGAUUACGUUAAUGUGGAGCAUAAGCAAUUCUUGAAGGAACGUAAUAGCCAGAAUUUGACCGUUAAUAAUAGUCACAAUAAUAAACGUGCGUCGUUGCCGAAUAAAACGUUCGUUCUAAACGCGGAUAACGGUACAUUUGUCGAUACUAAAAUGAACUCGAUGCCGCGCAAAUACGAAGCGGAUAAAUACUACAAUUUCCAUGUGCGAGAGCAUGAAAAUUUCCGCAGUUUCGACAUUAGUGGCGGCGGUGUUGGUGGUGGUGUUGGUGGUUCUGCCAGUUUGGGUGGUGGCGAUCUUGCAAGUUUCGGUGAAUACGAAACGAAAAGUUUGCAAGAUGAUGCCUUCGCCGGCUACAAGGAUAUACGCUGUGGUUCGGCCACAUCGACCAUACGUUCGUCGAAGGGCACAGUGCGUGGCGUCAAGAAUCGUGUGCGCAAUGGAAUAGCCACAUUCUUGCAAAUGCAGCAGCCAAAUGUGAAGAACUUCAAGGAGAAGGAUGCCGGCAAAGUGGUACUCUACACAACGAGUAUGGGCAUCAUACGUGACACAUAUGCCAAAUGUGCGAAUGUCAAGCAGAUCUUGCGUACGCUGCUUGUGAAAUUCGAAGAACGAGAUGUCUUCAUGAGCAUCGAAUAUCAGCAAGAGAUCAAGGAGCGAAUGCACUCGGAAGCGAUAAAAGUACCUCAACUCUUUGUGGAAGGCCAACACAUUGGUGAUGCUGACACCGUGGAACGGCUGAAUGAAUCUGGUGAACUGCGUCAGCUGCUCAAACCAUACAAGUCAAUUGCCACGACAUUCACUUGUCAAACAUGUGGCGGCUAUCGUCUACUGCCAUGUCCCUCAUGUAAUGGCUCGAAAAAAUCGGUGCAUCGAAAUCACUUCACGGCCGAAUUUGUGGCACUGAAAUGCAUGAAUUGCGACGAAGUUGGGCUGGUGAAAUGUCACAAUUGCUAAGCAACUGCACAGCGAUGGAUGGCAUCAAAUGUGUCUGAAAGUGAAGUUGAGGAGCAACAAUGCGAAGCAUGAUUGACAGCUAGCUACUCAAAAGCGGGCGGGGGGAGACAUAUUGAAUGGACAAUUGACGUUUGUCAUAUGGAGCAAAAGUGGCAUUAGAUAUUAUUUUGAUAUAAAUUUAGUAGUAAAUAUAUCUGUAUGUAUAAAUAUUUACUUUAAGCAACGAAAGAGUCAUUUAAUAUAUAUUUUUUAAAGUUUUUUAAUUGAUUUUAUUUAUCUUUUAAGUAUUUCUGUAUUUUUAUGCUAUUGCAUUGCAAUUAAUAUAGAUUUCUAUUUUCGUUUUUAUUUUAUUAUUAAUUUUGCUUUAAACAUGUAAUUAGCGCUGUUUAAUUACCAAGCAAAUUUGUCUUUUAUUGUAUUUACAUCUUUAUAAAAGCGAAACCAUGAACUUAUUUUGAAAAACAAAAACCACUAAUUCGUCAAUGAUGACCUUAACGAAGUUUUUUCUUUUUGAAAUUUUCUUUUUUUAUAUAUUUUUUACUGUCCAAUUAACUCGCUAUAUAUUUACAUAUGUAAAUUUACUAUAAACAAUACAUACGAGUAUAUAUGUAAUCAAACGGUGUGUAUGUGAAAAGUAACUUCGAUUUGAUUGACGGUCACGAGGGUAUACGAAUUUAUUGUUUAUCGUCGUUUGUUUGCGCUGCAAAUGUGACGGUUGUGAUAAUUUAAAACAGAUAUUCAAACAAAACAGAAAACAUAAAAAAAAUAUAAUAAAUUAAAAAAUAAAAUAAAAUUAAGCAGCAAAGCAAAGCAGAUAAGAUAAAAUGAGUUAUCGAGUUUCAAAUAAUAUGAUUUACACAUACAGAUGUAUGUUUGUAUAUAAGUGAAUGCAAGGAAUGAAUAUUAAAGAAAUUAAACCAGAAUUUAUUAGGUCAAUUCGCACGUGUUUGCCCUGCUUAUCAGAUCGUAAGCGUUUUUUAAAC